AUGUCACAUUCCGCGGCACCGCCUAGCCGUGCUACUAGCCCACCAGCCAACCAACCUUUCGCAUCUUCAUUUCGCAUCUUGGCUGCCAAGGAACGCGCACGCGAUCAGGGCCUGCUCUGCCAGAUAAUAGCGCGGUCCACCUCCGUCUUCGCCGUGCUCGGCCGGGGAUGGGCCAGAUUCUUACGGAGCCCGGCCCGACUCGCAAUACCCUACCAGAACUACCCACGCAUCCGAUGGAGCUCCCAACAGCCCGGGAAGACGAGGCCUGCAAGACAAGCGGAAUACGCCUACGCCGAUGGCGCAUCCGACAGAGCCCUGGAGAUCAAGCUUGUGGGGACGCAAGCAUCCAUUAACGGCGGCCAGAACGCUCUGGAUGUGCUUGAGCGUCCCGACGAUGUCGAUGGCACCAUCAUGUACCACAAGGGCACCCAGUGCCUACAGGCCUACCGCGAUCGAAUCAACCCACCACUCACGGUGGCCGAGGCCCAGCAGAUUAUUGUAGCUGAUAAUGCGGGAGCGAGGGUGUGGAGGUGGACAAUGAAGCCAGAAGUUCGCAACUUGAUCGAGGGAAAUCAUCCGGAUAAUCGGCACCUUCUGAGGUUGAUCGCAGCCAUUAUGAUAGGCGCCGGCCAACUCAAGGCACUCGAGGACUGGGUCAGGCAACGCCCCUAA